GCUAGCACACCAACUAGUACAGCCCCGAGUGCCCCUUCCCGCUCUCCUUCCACCCCGGGAACCUAGUCGCGUAUCAAUUGCUCCCGAGGUCCCUUCGGCAUCUGCAUCCAUUUCAGGGCCUGUAGGCGACGUCGUCCGUUUUCUUUCCACAUCUCGACACAGCGCCCGCGCAACCUGCAACAGAGUGAACCGCACGCGGCCAGCCGGGGGAAGCGUUGGGUACCACCGUUCUCCAAACUAGGCGACAGCGGCAGCGACGCUCGUUCGGUGUCGUCGAGCGACUGCAAGACAAGACCGGGCCCUCCCGACUACUGGGCCCGUGUGCCUGUGUGCCGGUGUGCCGGUGUGCCGGUGCAUCGUUGCCAUGGCCCGCAUACAGACGCCGCCUGGUUUCGCGCAGAUCAGAGGAGCGAGAAGCUAUUCGGAUCAGGCUGCCGCCCUUCGCGGCCUGAAAGACGACACAGUCGGCCACGCCCAGCGCAAGGAGAAGUGGGUGGAAUAUGGCAUUUUAGAACCCCUCGUCAAAAUACUGCAGGCCAGCCACUCCCCGGUGAGCCUGAACGGCAAGGAGUCGCCCACUCACCCCGGGCCCGGGCUGCCGAGGGGCUUAGCAGAUAAUGAACUCGUCCGGCUGCUGUGCCUACAGCUCAUUGCCAGCUUCGCAAGUGGCGGCCCUGCAUUUCUGGGACCUAUCUAUGCUGCCAACGCCGUGCCUGUAAUCCUACAGAACCUCUCCCCCCUCGAGAACCCGCCGCUGGUCACCCUGAACGCUCUGCGCGCCCUGACCAACAUCGCCGAUGCGACCCGCCUUGCCUCGCCGGGUUUGGAUGAUUCAGGCGCGCUGUCGGAAGCCUUGUUCGUGUCUCGUUACCUCGACGUCUUGUGCGCCAUCUUGGACUCGGAGUCGACCGACGUGGUAGUGCAAGAGCAGAAAUGUCUGGUCGCAAGCCUGAUCAGCCGGUUGUGCAGGGACACGCGUCACCAGAACCUGUUGGCCAAUGCCGGCAUUCUGGACGCUCUUGCCACCGUGCUGGCCAGCUUCGUUGUGGCACGUGGGGAAGUCAUCCCGGGGGCCGAGAUCAUAGGCCAGGCCGAUGGCCUCGCCGACAUGAUACCGGCUGCUGCACCUCGAGGGGCGAGCUUGGCUCUGGUUCUAGAAGCCAUAUCGUGCAUCAUAGAAGGCUCCCGCUUCCGGGCCUGCAUGCUUAUCUCUUCACCGGCCAUCAUGGCGGUGUUCCCCGCCGCCGAGUUCUCGCCGUCGGCGAAGGAGACUAAGGCUGCGUGGAACAGUCUCGAGAUGAGCGGACUCAGCAGCCCUCGUGCCCGAAGCCCCGGCGCUGCCGACUACCUGCUGCCGAUUGUGCCUAUUAUGCAAUCCAGGUCUUUGUCGUCACAGUUCGCCCACUUUCCCCCGUUGGGCUUCAGCCUAUCUCGGGAGAACCUAGCUUCUAAUGGCCGGUCGACUGGUAGCAAAUUCUCGGCUUGGGACUCUGGUCGGUUCGACCCUUCUAACCCCGGCAGCGACCCCGAGGCUGAGGAUCCGGAGAGUCCUCUCAUACCGUGGCUCAUAAACUUCGCCAGGUGGUCUAGCGGGCUCGACAGAGUCAUGGCGGCCUCUGUGCUUACGUCGUUAUACAAAUCCGGGCUUGCCAGCCCCGAAAGGGAGGCCGUGCUUGGUCAUCUCAUCGUUCCAAUCCUCUGCCAGCUAAUGAAGGACUACGACAAAGAUAGCGUGGCUGCUGCACAGCUUUCCACCUUCCUCGAGCCCGACGUGGCUGCGGAUUGGGUCGUCUCGGAGCGGACUCCAGGCGUCCUAGCGCGACUCAUUGGGGACAGCAAUGUGCUUCAGGAGGCCGCCUAUAGCUGCGGCGCUGUUAAGAUGGCCUGCCAGCUACUCAAAGACUCGUAUGAGCCUCUACCAGCUCAGACCGCUCCGAGGCCUUGGUCGCCGAAUCCGGAUCGUGGUGUCGAGAGCGGCGAGGGCUUGUCAACUAACCGGGUUGGGCUCCCAGGCAAGCUCCCAAUAAACGCCCACAAGAUCAGGAUAAGAGAGGGCAGCCUGAAGCUCCUCACUGCUCUGGGCACGUCGAAAGAGGAAUAUCGGAAAGCUAUUGUCGAGCAAGACGUGGUGCCGUUCAUAGUCGAGUCACUUUCCCAGUCGCCUGGCAAGCCCAAUAUCGCGAAAGAAAAGACAAAGUCCGGUAGCGCAGACGAAGGCAUGGACAUUUCGUCAGGUGGAAGCUCGCCCUAUGGGACAAAUCUCAACUCGGUCAUCAUCGCGGCGUGCCAUGCGAUCCGGACGCUGAGCCGAUCGGUCAGCAACCUUCGGACAGCGCUCGACGACCAUGAUGUCGCAAUGCCAAUCUUUAGGCUUCUGAGGCAUCCCGAUGCGGAGGUCCAAACCGCAGCUGGCAGCGUCGUCUGCAACCUGGUGACGAACAGCAGCCCUAUGCGGACACCACUCUUUGAAGCGGGUAUCCUCAAGGUGCUCUGUGAGCAGGCCCACUCGUUGAAUCCCGGAAUAAGACUGAACGCAGUGUGGGCUUUGAAGCACCUGGUGGACGGAGCCGACGAGGAUCUGAGGAAGCUAGCGCUGGAAGAACUUGAAGCCGGCUGGCUUGUCCAGCUGAUACGCGACGAUACGGAAGACGAGGCUCUACACGCGCGUCUAAGGCUCGAGCGAGGGAGCGGGAGUCUAGAUAUUGACGAUGACGACGACGAGGACAUGGAUACCGAUGCGUCGUACGGGCAUGACAGUCGGUCUUGUGUUUGGCCAGGAAUCUACAGAGACAGCAUUUCUGGUCGAUUCCCGGCACUUCGGAAUCCAUCGCCACGAUUACGGCGAGUGGAAAUGAAGCUGGCAAUGCUUCGCGAGACGGAAUUGAAUCCCACGCGCAAGGCGCGGAACGAUGACCUUCUUAUUCAAGAGCAAGGGCUGAACUUUAUCCGGAAUCUCAUGGGGCUGCCGAGUUUGAGAUUGCCCGAGAUGGUGGACUACGUACUGAGCGAGCUCGGCGUCCGGCUCUUUGAUAUCCUGGCGUCGAAACUGAAGACGAGGAGGGUGCUCCACCCGCUCACACGGCGGGCGGCGGCUGCUGCGGGGGGCGGCAGCCGCAUUGGCGAGUCUCGGGUGCUCUAUCCGCAAUCCAAGAUCAUGGAAGCGGCCAUCUACAUCCUCGUACACAUCAGCUCGAGCCACCCACGACACCGGCAGCUAGUAAUAGCGCAGACGGAGCUCCUCAAUUUGCUGGGCACCCAUAUCGACCACAAGGAUAUCGGCGUGCGGAAAGCGCUCUGCCACUUAUUUGGGAAUCUUAGCUGUCAGGACGACAAGACGGACAUGGAGGCGUGCGGUCAGCGGGCCCUGGAGAUAAAAAAUCUCGGCUUCCUGAGCAAGCUCGAGAGGCUAGAGCGGACGGACAGCGACCUCGACGUCCGUGAGCGUGCCAAGACGGCCAUCUGGCAAAUCAAGAACCAUAGCAGCUGAGUCUAGAAGUUUGACUAAUCUAGGGUCUGCAGCGUUGACGGCGUAUAAACCUGGGGUUCUUAGCUGGGCUAGCUGACACAUGCGCGUGCCCUGCUGGACGGAGUGCCGAGAGCUUGGCAAGAGGAAGGCGAUGGUGAUUUUCUGUUUUUUUUUUUUGGCUAGGACAUUCUUUUAACAUAGCACGUUUUUCAUGUCAGAGCAAGCACGUGUCGAGGGGGCACACAUAACGUAAUCGUCGCAUUUACGAGCAUAAGCAGCGGAGCGAGCAAAGAAAGGGCUUGGAAGUGGCAG